AUGGCCAGCCAGUUCUGUCUCCCUGUCGCCCCACACCCUUCGUCCCUGAAACUCUUGAGGUCGCACUUUGAGGAGCUCCGAGUGGGCCUCCGCGUAGCAAUCCAGCGCAGCGACAAGCGGAUCCACCUCGCUGUGGUCACAGAGAUCAACCAGGAGAACUCCUGGGUCACGGUAGAGUGGGUGGAGAAAGGAGUCAAGAAAGGCAAAAAGAUUGAGCUCGAGACCAUAUUCUUGCUGAAUCCAGCUCUGGCUUCUGCGAAGCACCCCAAGCAGACCAGGCCCUUGCGCCCCGCGUCUCUCGUGCCAUCUUCGGCCAUCGGAGACCAGCGUACAGCCACGCGGUGGAUGGCAAGGGUCUCCCCGAAAAGCGAAACCCCCUCAGGGGACAGCCCGGCGGUGGGGGUGCCCAGCCACCCUUGCCUGGUGAAGCAGAAAAAAUCUCCCUGUGUACGGGAAAUCGAGAAACUGCAGAAGCAGAGGGAGCAGCGCCGGCGGCUGCAGCUGGAAAUCCGAUCCAGGCGCGCCCUGGACGUCAACGCGGGAAAUCGCAACCAUGAGAUCAUGUGCAUGAUCGAAGAGUGCCGCAGGCACCUGGACAGAAGCCUGAUGUGCAGCCGGGAGCCCCCGGAAGACCACCGGAUCUGUGUGUGCGUGCGGAAGCGGCCUCUCAACCAGCAAGAGACCACCAUGAAGGACCUGGAUAUCAUCACUAUCCCCUCCGACAAGGUGGUCAUGGUGCACGAGUCCAAGCAAAAGGUGGACCUCACGCGCUACCUGGAGAACCAGAUCUUCUGCUUCGACCAUGCCUUUGACCACACCGCCUCCAACGAACUAGUGUACCAGUUCACCGCACAGCCGCUGGUGGAGUCCAUCUUCCGGAAGGGCAUGGCCACCUGCUUUGCCUAUGGGCAGACAGGCAGUGGGAAAACGCACACCAUGGGGGGAGCCUUCUCCGGAAGAGCCCAGGACUGCUCCAAAGGUAUUUACGCCCUGGUGGCGCAGGAUGUCUUUCUCCUGCUCAAAAACUCCACCUACGAGAAGCUAGACCUCAAAGUCUACGGGACCUUCUUUGAGAUUUACGGGGGCAAGGUGUACGAUUUGCUGAACUGGAAGAAGAAACUGCAAGUCCUGGAGGACGGCCAGCAGCAAAUCCAGGUGGUGGGCCUGCAGGAGCGGGAGGUGCGCUGUGUGGAGGAAGUGCUGAACCUCGUGGGCCUGGGGAACAGCUGUCGGACGUCCGGGCAGACCUCGGUCAACGCCCAGUCCUCCAGGAGCCACGCGGUGUUCCAGAUCAUCCUCAAGUCCAGAGGGAAACUGCACGGCAAAUUUUCCCUUGUCGACUUAGCUGGGAACGAACGGGGAGCGGACACGGCCAAGGCCAACCGGAAGAGGCAGCUGGAAGGGGCGGAGAUUAAUAAGAGUCUGCUGGCUCUCAAAGAAUGCAUCCGAGCUCUGGGUCAGAACAAGCCGCACACCCCGUUCCGAGCCAGCAAGCUCACGCAGGUCCUUCGCGACUCCUUCAUAGGCCAGAACUCCUCCACUUGCAUGAUCGCCACUAUCUCUCCGGGGAUGACCUCUUGUGAAAACACCCUCAACACGCUGAGAUACGCAAACAGAGUCAAAGAACUCACUCUGGACGUAAGGUCCUACCAUCGCUGCCUCUAUCCUAUGGGACCUGAGACUCCGCAGAUGCUAGGAAAACAUCUCAGGAAUUCAGAAAUGUCCCUUCAGAGAAAUGAGUUCAUGAAAAACCCUCGUAUACAGAGAGAGGAGGAGGAACAGAACAAAGAAGCUGACACCUUAUCCACGCCAUUAAGGAAGGAUGCGACCCCUCCCCAGAAGGAAUCUCCCGAGUGGUGGCAGAACAUCCAGGAGGCCGCUGAUGGAGUAAACUAUGACGUUGACUUUUGCAUUGCCCAGUCCUUGUCCAUUUUGGAGCAGAAAAUUGGUGUUCUGACUGAGAUUCAAAAGAAACUGAAAUUUUUACGUGAUGACUUACAGAAGAAGAGCAAAGUAGAGUGA